GCGGACCGGCGUGCUUAUUCCGUAGCGGACUGCCGCAUUGUACGGACGUGUGAGUUCAGAAUUACCGGAACACAGGCGAAACACGCCGUAGCUCGAUAGAAAGAGCCAGAAAAAAGACAAAAAUAAAAAAGAAAAGAAAAGACAUAUCGCACUCGUGUGAGCGCGACGUGUAUGAAGUUUUCCAGUUCGAGAUCUGCCUGACGUAUUUGCCGUCGACGCGAAUCGACAUCGACACCGCGAUUUCAGCGUGCAAGCGGAAUUGUGCGAUCGCGAAUUGGCGACGGAGAAUCCUUAGGCGAGAGUUGCAGACCAGGACAGGACAGCUACCAGACACGUCAGUGUAAAGAUCGGCCUUUUCUCUUUUGCUUUGCGCGGCGAGCUGUUAAAAACUUUCUAUACCCUACGGAAGCGCGACAGACGGAGAGAGAGAGAGAGAGAGAGAGAGAGAGAGAUCGAAGGAAGAGGAAGAAAAAAGAGCGACGCGACUGGAGCAGAGACGACGUGUGAAACGGAGACGAGAUAAUAAAAGCCUACGAGAUGGCGUUUAUGAUGCCAGUAGUGAAAAACGAAUGGGAUAUUUACAAGACUAAUCGGAGUCGACGGUCAUCGGAGUGCUCGAAUCCCCAGACCUGUCGCAGCCGAAAGGUUUGGCGAACCGGCAGACACAGCCGUCUUGCGAAGUGCGGCACAUCCGAUCGUCCUGCCGUCUCGAUUCUCAUGGUGUCCGAAUGUUCCAAGUCGGAGGGCCCGUCGUUGUCGACCUCCCCCGGUUCCGACUUUCUCACCUCGCCGGCGCACCGAUCCGUGCCGCUGACCUCGCGACACUUUUCGAGGACGUCCUCGAGAGCGUCUCAGAGCUCUCUUCAGAGCCCGAGCAAGAGCACGGGUACGUCACCGCCAAAGACGGGCAGCUCGAACUCCCUCAACAAGUUCCAUAAUCGGCUGGUCGACAAGCUGAAGCGCUCGCUGAAGAAGGCGGAAGACUGCGCGGAGGACCAACGGAACCUAUCGUGAAACAGUCAUGGGGUUUUGGGCCGGCCGCCCGCGUCCGGCUCGAAACCGAUCGAGAUCCGUCGCACCUCGGCACCCGUUACCACAUCCGAGUCGAGCAGCAACGUGGCGGCACGCUCGUGUCCGGAUCCUUCAGCUUGGUAAAGAAGAAAGCGAUGAUGAUAAUAACGGAGGAAACGAGAGCAACGGCGAACGUGUGCGAAUACCUGAUGGAGAAAGAGAACGCUGCAGGGAUGCAUGAAGGCAGAAGGAGGAGAGGGGAGCAAGUUCGCACACGUUCAACUUGAAAGCGAGCACGCUCAAGUUUGUUAGCCCAGCACGAGCAAGGAGGAUGAGGAGAGAAUGGAGAUGGAGAUGGAGAUGGUUGAACGAUCCUCGAAUCGUUCGGCUCGCUGGAUGUCGACAGUCGAUCGUGUCAAGAAUCCUCGCGGGUCGAGAGACCUCGAUCGAGCGAUCGGACGAUCGGCAGCCCCGCUCGAGAGGACGAAGAAGAGAGCUACUUGGGACGUUUCUUUGGAUCGCAACAUUUUUGAGAUGACAUCCAGUCUCGUUGACAACGUAUAAAAGGCCAAACAAUAUCGAUGCGCCAAUAUAGUACAAAGAUCUGAUCUUAACGUUCUCCUGGGUAAAUUUGAGAAUCUGUUUAAGAUGGCGAGAAAAAAAAGAGCAUGGGAGCGGGGGAGAAAAGGAGCCGGGAGGAGAGAAGGAUCGGUCGAUCGAUGUGAGCGGGGGAGCCAUCAUCAACGAUCAUCAUCGAAAGUCAAAGGAGACAAUCGUGAAGGACGGAGGAGUCGGCGGCGGAGGAAGCGAGGUACAUAAUGAUAAAACGGGAUUAUCGUAUCGAGAUCGCGCGAAAUGUUUCGCACGUUGAAUGUCGCGGGCUCAUCGCGGUCAGUCAGUUUUACGGAAUAGUCACUUGAGUUGCCAGACCUAAAUGUUAAGUUCCUUCAUCGCGCGCGCGCGCGUGAUCUCUGUCGUGCGCGUCGCGCUCUAUACGUUGUUCUUUUCCUAACGUAGGACGAUCGGGAACGAAGAUCGAAGAGAGAAAGACAUUCAGCGGGCGCGAAGGUGUUCCCGGUUACCGUGGAGGAAAAAUAAUACCUGAAGGACGUCACGAAGAUGCUCGAAAGAAAUCUGGUAUAACAAUCUGGUUAUAAUAAUCCGACAUGAACUGAUACAAAAAAAAAGAAACAAAAGAAAAUUUAUUCCGCGAACGUUCUUCUAUAGACCUCUUUCGAUCUUUCAAGUAUCUUUUCGGCAUCCUUUCGAUGCGGAUGCGUUUAUUAUUUCUUCGCCAAAUUAUCCUCGCGUGUCGAGCACGUUAACCGUGGAAACAGAACCGCGUAUUUCCAAUCGUAACAUCCAAUUAACUUUCUCGCAAUCUAGACUGAAAAGCGUUCUCUAAUCAGUACGUCACGUAAAGCCGUUUGAGGAUAGUGGGCUCGUACUCUUGGCGCGUCACGCGCUCGGACUCUGUUCGAUUCAGGUGGCGUUUUAUUUAUUUGCUUAAUUAAUACGCGAAGUAUGCGUACGGCAUGAAACGAGGGCAGAUGAGUCCGGCGCAAGGUGCGCGGUGAGAAUACGGGCCAACGUGAGAGACUACUAUAGCACUAGCGUAAGAAGCGCCGCGAAAAAUGUCGUUUUUAUCGUAAUGUCAAACCGCGGCGAGACUCAUUCGUUGUUGUUCGGAUUAGGUUCGAGCUUGCGUGCCAGAAGCAGCAACGACAGUUUCUCGCCUUUUGCGGGAUCGGAUUCCGUCGUGCAGAGGAAGGAUACUGUGCGCAUAUGUGCGUGCACGCGUGUAAAUUCAGCGCGUGCGCGCGCACGUCGGGUCGGAUCGCCGAGCGAAGCCUAAGAAAAAUCGGUUUGAUUUUUUCUCACGCGCGUGUAUUUUCCCGUUCGACGUCGCGCAAAGUCACUUGUAUUUGUAUUCACGUGUCCUCAUAAGCGCGCGUUUGCUUUACGCGGAUUUUAUUUUAUUUUUUUUUAUCGCGCUCUCCUUCAGGAAACCCUUUAUCGAAUAAAAUCGCGCGGCGGAAUAACAGAGGAGCAUCUUUCGCGCAGAACUGAUUCGUCGAGUAACGUGCACUAACGUGAAAAGUAGAUGGAAGAAGAAGACUUUAACGCUGGAGUGCUACUAUACAUCCAUAGUGCUAAUUCGAGUUUAAUACCAGAGAUGUGUGCGAACUAUUUGAUUCGGAUUUGAAUCUUUGAUUGAAUACGAUCCGAAUAUGAAUUAUUCGAAAAUUUCGAAUCUAAAAGAUUCGAAUACGAAUCGUGUUGACAAUAUUACAAAAUUAUAUUUAAAAUAACUUUAUAUCGUAUAAUCCAUAUUAUUUUUCUUACAAUAUAGAAUUUUUACAAAUCAUUCGUUAUUAUAUGUAUAUUUAUUAAAAUAUUCAAUUUAAUAACAAUUAUGGUGCUAAUUAUGUUUUAACUAUUUGAUUCGAUUCAAUUCACCGUUAAAUACUUUGAUUCGCAUAUCUAUUUAAUACAGAUUUUGUUACCGAAAUUUUGAUAACUUAAAAUAAUACUUAAUAAAAUUUUGCUCAGAUUAAAGUACGAUAGGUUCAAUUAUUUUACCGCAAAAAAAGUGUAACAAAAUUCUUGAUUUUGUGACUUCACCCAGAUGUUAUUGCAAUGUUGUAAGAAAAAUACGAGUGGCACUCUAGAAUUAAGACAAUCGAAUUUAAAUAAAUCGGCGAAUAAAAAUUAAUUGACUGGAGGCACUUGAUUGGUCGAUAUUUUAAAACUUUCAGAGAUAUGUGGAGAAUUAAUUUCCUGCGACUGUUGCUUAAAAAAAAAUUUAAAAACGUCGUAUCGAUCAAUUGUUGAUAGCAGCUUAUCGAACGAUAUAUUGCUGUUUCCUUCGCGUUUACAUCGCGAUAACGCUAAAGUGCACGACGCGGCCUAUAAGAAAGCAUGGCAGAUGCAUCCGGUACCAUUAAUGACGCAUUCCGCGGCGUACAUGAGUCGCAUUGUAAAAGGCGCGACUCGCGGGCGCUGUCGUGUUCCGUCGAGUUCCACUCCUCUCAAAUUGCGCGUGGGCCGGGCAAAGAUAUUUUUUUUUAAACGAAUUUUUCUUCGCCGCUCGUUGCAUCGAACGUUUUUCCCCGAGAUAAUAUUCCUUGCCCCGCGUUACUCGUAUUUGUUGUUUCGCGUCGUCGCUUCACAGCGCUUGUUAAUUUUUUCACAUGUAGUAUAUAAUAUAUAUAUAUCUAUAUAGUGUAUUGUUUCGCGUUACAAGUCCAGUCGGUCGGAGAGAAGGAGAUGCGGGAGGGAUGGAGGGAGGGACGUGUGUUCUCUUUGCAGAUCGCACGUGCAAAGAACUUCGAGUGUUAUGAGGAAGGAGCCUCCGCUAAUUUCGACACGAGAGAUUCAUCCUGGGAGAGAUUUAUCUCCUUUUCCUCCGAGACGUGUCAUUCCAAAGAUACAUUUUUUUUUUUAUACGAUUUAAUAAAUGGAAAACGUUCCGUCUAUUACGCUUCUUUCGUUCCUUUUUUUUUCUUGUUUGAUUAAUUACGUAGAUAAGAUUUUGAUAAACAUCUUUCAUAUAUAUUUCGUUAUUUCCGCAUUCUCAAAAAAAUAAUUACUUAAUCCUCUCUAAUCGUAAAACUCGUCGUAAAAUAUAGAAAAAAGAAUAUUUAUACUUUAUUGAAAUAGAAGAUAUAUUUAUAUACACGACAUUUUCUCUAUUUUGGCGACAGAAAUAUUAUCCGCCAGUAAAGUAAAAUAAAAUUUCUAAAUCAGUGAUAAAUGAUAAAUAAAAUCGAGUGACAAAUUUCGUUAAUUUAAAAUACAACAAAUAUCGAAUAAAACAUAUCAUAAGCGCGAGAUAUUCUUUAUAUUUCAAAAUUUGAAAAUUUAAUUAUUAUAUAUAGAAACUUUGAUUUCUUUCAGCGAUUAAACGAUAAAAGAAUCUAACUUGAAAAUUUAUCUAAAAUUUAUUUCCUUGUAAGGGCAUCGGCCAACACUCGACGUUCUUCGCGUCGGUCAACAGACGUUCUGGUUUAUCCUCGCGAUGGGCAUAAUUUGCGUGCUUUCCUUUUAUCGGUUGCGUAUUGGCGAUUGCGAACUGGGAGCAAUUAAGCAAUGCCGCGUGUAACUCUGUGAUACCGUAAGCUAUAAGGUAGAAUUACUCUGCAACGAUUAACGGGUUAGAGGGGAGGUAUAGUUAGGACGUGAUUCGUACGAAAGUUUCGAUCUUUCAUCGACCGCAGACCCGCGUUCUCCGAAAACCGAAAUGACGGAUUCUACUUUUUUUUUUUUGGUUGAACUGAACAACACGAGGGUGCUCCAAUAAGAGAGAGAUAGAAAUUUUUUUUUGUCAGGAAAGAAAAAGAGCGUUUUGCUUUCGGACCCUUUCGAGAAAGACGAAGGAAUUCUGGCGCACGAGCAUUUGAAGUCGUUUACGUCCGUCUUAACGUGUAUAUAAUAUUAAGAGUCUGAAACUCCGAAAGCGUCCAUCGAUUAUAUUAUGUCUGAGACCUCGGGAAAAUAUUGCGAUACGAAAUUUAUUCAUUUAUUUCCUAUCGGAAUCGCAGCUUUUGAAAGUACGAUCCGCCGCUCGACAUGGGAAGCCGGCUCUUAAUUCGAUCUGCAACGAGAAGCGAGAUCUCUAAAUCUCUUCUCAAGUUCGUUAUAAUGCAAGAAGGAAUAGAUUAACAUAUAUAUCGAUUCACGCUUUCGGACUCACGUCGGAUUUAAGAGGAAGCUUAGUCGGUAGACAUCACGCGGAAAAUUUUGAAAAUUUGCGUAGCUCAACCUGCAUUUCUCUCUUCGGGUGCAGACGGCAGGGGGAUGAAGCUGAAGAAAAAAUGGGAGAGGGCGAAAGAGAAAGAGGGAGAGAGAGAGAGAGAGAGAAAGAGAAAGAGAAAGAGCGGGAAAGAGGGAGACAGAAAAGGAAAAGAGAGACAGAAUUGUUUGCGAACGUCGGUGAUGUAAAGCAGAUUGGGGAGUCAUUUUGCGUAUGGAGACGUGUACCGAAUAAUUUCCAAAAGUUGCCGCUUUAUGUAAGACUGCUUUAGUGAAACAAAAAAAAUAACGCAGAGACAAAAAGUAUAAAUAUCGAUAAUUAUUAUAGGGCGAUGCGCCGUGGUGCUGGGCGAAGCAUUGGGACACGCGGUGGGAUCGUAUUAUACAUAAAUCCAAUUCGCACUUGUGUACAUAUAUAUAUUGCAGAUAUGUUAUAUAUAAUAUAUUUAUAUAUAAUAAUAUUAUGCCUUCCAUAGAAAUUCCUGACGUCACAUUGAAUUCGCAUUAAUGACUAAGUUGGAAUUUACAGUUAGACUCUUCUGAAAGUCCGAAGUUUCUUCACACUUGGAUCUGCCGUGACAAAUUUAAUGACAAUUGAUUUUAUUGCUUGUAUGCCUUUCAUGUAGAUAUACAUGUGUAUAUUUCUCAUUUGCAUCAUUUGAUAUCUUAAUUCUUAUACAUGAGUCGGUACUGCCAUUCGGUGCGAGUUGGCCGGAAAUUUAUAACGAUCCAACUUUACGCGUUCCCAAGAUUUCGCCAGUUGAUUCGUACUGAUUAGAAAAAAAAUGGUGUUAUUAGAUUUUAGAAAUUGAUGAGAUAUAAAGUAUAUACGAUCUAUUCAUUACGGCGGCCUCGGACCGCGGAGUAAACGUGGAUUGGGACUUUUCUUACGCUCCUCUCUUGACAAAAUGUGCAUUUGAAUUUUCAUGUUGAACGUGUACAACAUGUAUAUAUAACAUGUAUGUCCUUGUUCUGUUCACACUUAACGAAAGAAACGUAUUUCCGUUUAACGCCACGACCUCUCGAUCCACUUUCAUUCUACGGUCGCAACGCGAUUGCAAAGCUAUACACAUGCAGAGAUAUAUGUAUACAUAUAUAUUAUAUAUAUAUAUAUAUAUAAAGAAAGAGAGAGAAUAAAUAAUAUAUAUGCAUGCAUGCGCGUAAUAUAUGCAUAUGUAUAUAUUAUUUAUUACGCGACGACUUGACUAUUUUUUGUAUUACUACUACUGUUUUAUGGUUAUUUGUUAUACUUCACUCGGGACAUUUUGAGCGGAUUUUUAGCGCGUGUUUGAGGAGAAGCGCCAAGACUCGGCAAGGUUACACAGCGAGAAACGUUUUUUUUUCCACUUUUGCAGCCUCACAAUCCAUUCAGUAAAGGUCAACACGAUAUUGAUUCAAAUCGCCAUGUACCUCACAUGUGGAAGUUAUAUUCUCGGCGAGGCGUGAGAACGGAAGGGGAUUAUUAAUUUCUAGAGACCGGCGGUAAAAUUGGAAUUAUUCGCAUUUGUUUUUGAAGCACUUUAUUAAAUGAAAAUUAUAAUUUACUCCCGGGGGAAAGAAAAAGGUUCUUUUCUCGCAGAAGUAAUUAAAUAUUUGUCGUUACGUCGACGAAGCUCAGCCAUUGUCGUCGACCGCGUACAGGUGCUUUCUCCUCAGUCACGACGAUAUCACUGCCAAAAGCCCACGAUUAUAAUAAAGCAACAACAACAACAAAAAAAAAUGUAGCGUAGAACGGCGGGAUCCGAUUGGAUCCCCCAUUCAUGUGGCGGCGCGCUCGGAUCAAGCCGUCUCAUCUAUUCUCCCCUUUACACAUACACACAUCUCUCGAGUCUCAUCAGAGUUGCCAGGUUGGCGAAUUUUCCCUCCACAUGUAGAUUUUGUUAUUACUACAGGGAAUUUUUCGGGUGGAUAUAAAAAAAUUUAGGAAAGUCUUUAGGGAAGAAAAAUCUACAGAUCCAUAAUAUUUUUAGUCUGUUAAAAAAAACAAUUUCUCGAUAAUAAUUAAUCAAACCUAAAUUUGGGGGAAAAUCCUCUGAAUCCAUGACAACUCUGGUCUACAUCGACAUAGUUAUUUUUCGACGGUUAUAGCGGCUUUUGUUGUUGAGGGAAACCGUUCGCUUUUCUUCUUUCCGUAGGACUUUAGCGCCGACGACGAUAUCGAUUCGCGCCAAUGGUCGAUUGCGAACUCUUGGAAUCCUAUCUGGUAUACUCUCUUCGAGUUUUUCUGCGGCGCGCAUAUAUACGGCGGCGGAAUGAUUGUAAAAUAGGAUGAACGAUGUAAAGGAAGGACUUCGAGCGAACAAAUUAAUGUUUACAAUGGCAUUUUUCUUCAAGCGUUUCUGGCAUUUUUCUUCAAGCAAGUGAAAAUGUCACACGGAGCAAAUUCUCGCAGUAAGUCUUAAUUUAAUACACGGCGGAGCACGGGAUUGUAGCGGUAUGGACGCUGCAAUGACUCCUGCUGCAUGUGUAUAAGUACGUCCGUGCUUAAAUUGGAAAUCAAUAAGAACCCUGUUGUGUGCUGUUUAUUGAUUGAAACUUUAUCACCGUUUUUAUUAUUAACGCUGUUUCAAUAAAGCUCUUUUUUGUAGAACACCUGUGUUCUCUGUGAUUGUCGACGAACAUCCUGUUCGUUCUGCGCGAGAUGUAAAUUUUUAAUUUGACGAUUCGCUAGAAGAAGGAUUUGAUUGAGGGGGAGCAUUGGCACGAAAUCGAAAUUCAGAUGAAGAAUCACUUUUGCGGGGACGAAGGUUGGUUGCCGUAUCGUCGUCGAGGUUGCUAAUUAUUUGCGAAUUUCGAAGAGAGAUUGCGAGCAAAAACGAGAAGAUGGGUGCACAUUCCAUGCGUAAUGACUAUACAUACGUGUAUAAAGUAAUCAUCCGUUAGAGUUUGAUAGGGAGUUAACGCAUACACACAUACAUACAUAUUCAUACAUACAUACACACAUACACGAAACAUGCGCGCGCGCGCCGUAUUGCACUGGAAAAUUAUAAAUGAAUAAUAUAUCUAAAGUUUUUGGAAGCUUACAAUAGACCUCGGUUUUACCAUUAUUAUGUAUCGUGAUUUUUAUGUCAUGUUCAAUAAAUGAGUUUUAAACAGCUUA